AUGAUGACGGUGACUCUAUUCCAGUCGCUCAUAUCGGGGUCUCUACCCGAGCACUGCGAGCCCUCUUCGCCCUUCUUGACCGCUAUCUCCUCCCACCUCCACAUCUGCCUACCCACCCCACUCGCGCUGAUCUCGUCCGUGCUCGGAACCCUCAGCAUCGUCUCGUGGCUGUUUGCCCAACUGCCGCAGAUCUAUAAGAACUAUCAACUACAGUCGACUUCGGGUCUAUCGAUAUUUUUCCUGGUCAUAUGGUGUGCAGGAGACGCGAGUAACCUCCUCGGGGCACUGUUCACCCGCCAGGCUGGAUGGCAGGUCGUGGUCGCGAGCUACUAUGUCUUGGUCGAUGUCACACUGGUGAUCCAGUUCUUCUGGUACACACAUUAUAAAUCACGCCGGUAUGCGGGGUACAGCGAGGUGCCAUACUCGCACGACCACCAUUCUCGAGGUGAUGUUCUGCAAGGUGUUGCUUUGUCCGGUGACGAUGUGACCCACCAACCGCCGGCACCCCUCGAUAUGACGCACAAGAAGUCAGAGGUUCAGGAUAUGGGCGUGCAGACUGGUUCAACACUCAACUCGAAUCUCGGUCGUACCCCACCAUAUAAUACAGAGAAAUUCAGCUCCUCGCGCCGCUCAGUGCGCGUGACCAGCACUUCGUCAAGCCCGCCCUUCGCACUGCCCCGGACUAUGCUCAUCGCCUCUCUGGUCUGCGCCGUGCUAGCCAACGCCAGCCCUACCCAUCCUUCGCCAUCACCAUCUCCCCACCCACCCAUUUCUCAUGCCCCUCGCGAGGCUAUACUUGAGGUUGUUGGUCGCAUCUUCUCCUGGAUGUCGACAAUUCUUUAUCUCGGCUCGAGACCCCCACAGCUCUACAAGAAUUACCGCCGCAAGAGCACUGAGGGUCUCUCCCCAUUACUAUUCAUGGCUGCAUUCAGCGGAAAUCUCUUCUACUCUUCGUCCCUCCUAACUAACCCAAAUGCUUGGGCUGAUUCCCCUCCCUAUGGCGGCGGUGGUUGGGCAGAUGAGCACGGCAACGACCGGUGGGAGUGGAUCGGGCGCGCAAUUCCCUUCUUCCUUGGCGCAUUUGGUGUGCUUGGUUUAGACGGAUUCAUGGGCGUGCAGUUCCUCAUGUACGGUCCUCGUGAUACCGAUGACGAGAGUUUGAUUGGCGCAGAUGAUGAAGAUUCUAAGCGUGGCCGCAGCCGGUGGAGGCGUGUGCACGGCUGGAUGCGCGGCUGGAUUCCUUCAACGUCUCCCACACGUAGCGAGUGUGAGCGUGAAUCUCUUCCGCAGGAAGGUCAGGCUCUCCUGGGCUCGGACCGUGGGCGGUACGGUACUGUCUGA